UCAGUCGCCCAGUCUCCCCGACAGACCUCUCAGCAAGGUGUCUCCCCGGCCACCGCCGUCGUACGCGGCAAGUCUGCCCCGAAGACGCCCGCCCUGCCCAGGGUCACUUGACCAAACUUUUCUCCCGGUGAUACCAGUCCGCCGUUUUCGGCCAUGGCGACGAGUGCGAAGCGAAAGCAGGAGGAGACUCAUCUGAAGAUGCUCCGGGAAAUGACUAGCCUGCCCGCGAAUAGGAAAUGCUUCGACUGCGACCAGCGCGGCCCGACCUAUGUCAACAUGACAGUGGGCUCCUUCGUCUGCACCACCUGCUCUGGGAUCUUGCGAGGACUGAAUCCCCCACACAGAGUGAAGUCCAUCUCUAUGACCACAUUCACACAGCAGGAAAUUGAGUUCCUACAGAAACACAGCAAUGAGGUCUGUAAACACAUCUGGUUGGGCCUCUAUGACGACAGGACAUCAGUUGUUCCAGAUUUCCGAGAACCGCAGAAAGUAAAAGAGUUCCUUCAGGAAAAAUACGAAAAGAAAAGAUGGUAUGUUCCUCCAGACCAGGCAAGGGCAGUAGCAAGUGUCCAGGCCUCUGUGUCGGGCUCCUCAGCCAGCAGCACUGGCAGCACCCCAGAAGUCCAACCCCUCAAAACCCUGCAGCUCAACAAGACCCCACUGCGCCAGUCUCCAGGGCUAGGUCGUUCCCAGGCUCACAGCACUUCUCAGGAGAAGAAGUUUGACUUGCUCUCAGACCUGGGAGGAGACAUCUUUGCUGCUCCACCCACUCAAACUGCCAGCUCUUCCAACUUUGCCAACUUUGCACAUUUUCCAAGCCAGACAGCACCUCAGGGUAAUUCAAACACCAACUUUGCCAACUUUGAGGCAUUUGGAAACACUGCAAUUCCAUCCCAUCUGAGCACGUCACCCCCCUCAAAGUCCUUUUCAUCAGGAGGAGGUGUGCCAAUCCCAUCAAUGUCUAGUGCCGUCCCUGCCCAGUCCCAGACAGGGAGCUGUACCGAAGACCGCUACGCUGCUCUGGCUGAGUUAGACAACGAGCUCAGCUCCUCUGCCUCUACAGGCAGCAAUGUGCAAGGGAACAUAUUUGGACCAGUGCUUGGUUCAUCGCCAGCCCAGAAUCCACCUGUGUUACCCAGCAUGCAGCCUGGCUUUGGAGCCGUCCCAUCCACAAAUCCCUUUGUUGCUGCAGCCGUUGCCCCAGAGAUGGCCACCAACCCUUUCCAGACCAAUGGCAGAGCUCCAGCUGCAGCCUCGUUUGGUACUGGCUCUAUGAGCAUGCCUGCCGGCUUUGGGAAUGCGUCUUCCUACUGCCUCCCGACCAGUUUCAGUGGAAACUUCCAACAGCAAUUCCCUGGCCAGGCCCCCAUCCCUUAUGCUCAACCUGGGGCCUACCACCCUCAGUCUAAUGGCCCUGCAUUCCCAGUCUACAGUCAGAACAAACCCUCCAUGACGCCCUUUGGGCAGCCCAUGGCUGGCCCUGGCAUGUCCAAUAACCCAUUCAUGGCUGGAGCCCCAGCUGGGUCAUUCCCUUCAGGGGGUUCAUCCACCAACCCUUUCCUGUAGCACAGCUCCAGGUUCUUGCCACCAGAGGGCAGCAUGCAGCACAUACUCAACGCACCCGUUCCGUCACGCAAUUAGUGGCAGUGCAUUUCUAAAAGAAAAGAGACUUAAGUUUUUUUGUUUUGUUUUGUUUUGUUUUUGUUUUUUUUCAUAAAAAAGUUUACAACACUAUGAAGGAGUACAAAGGACUAUAUUGAAGACUAAUGGACUGUUAUGGGGGGGGUUACUGUUUGGACUAUAUACAAUACACUAUAUGCUUUUUAUUUUUUGUUUAUGACUGUAAGCUCUGUGCAUAUCAUUUGUAAUCGCAGUUAAGUACAUGUUAUGUAUAACAAGGACUGAGUCAACAAGGGUGAGUAUACACACACCUUGUGGAAAAAAACCACUACAAACUAUCUACUUAAGUAAGGUUAUACUCUUUUAAGACUAUUAACAGGGUUCCAUCCAAAUCCAUGAUCUGUGGUUUGAAGCAGCCAUGGUGAUACAGGUAUUUCUUUUUCAAAAGGGAUUUCUAUUUGUUAUUUUAGCAUAAUUGCUACUGUACUGGCAUUAAGGUCCUUUAUUAACUUGCAGAUCCAGAGUGCUAUUCCUAAGAGUCUAUAGUUGCCUAUAAUCCAAAGCAACCAAACUCGUGUCUUUUUAAAUUAGAAUAGCAUCCCCAGCAGGUACGUGGGACACAGCACUGAUCCU